AGAAGGGGGAGUGUUUGUAGGCCUUAAAAACAGAGAUAUACUUGUUGUACGACUCUACUAUUGCUCUGUGGGAUAAUUGAUUGCACCUUGUAUAGGUAUAGUAGAUAUAGACGACGCAAGUAAUGGCUAGGUUCCCGAGUGCGAGUGCCUUGGCCAGAAAAGCCAAGUUGAAUGCCGCGUAUGAGCGGGGCCGCCGUAUGGAAGAACAAGAAAAUGAAAGCGGACUGGACGACAGCGGUGAAGAAGAGUCUUCGGAGGCCGACGAGCCGAUUGUACGGAGCAGGAUCAGAUAUGCGAGUCUGAGAGAGAGCCAGCCCGAGGAAGAGGAAGAAGAGGAAGAGGAAGAGGUAGAAGAACGUAGUUCUUCACGGUCCAAUAAAAGACCCAGUAGCAGUUCCUCGAGCACAUUCGAACGUAAUAUUAUAUCACGAAGUCCACUUGUUGGUCCACCACCCGUGAGGGUAGAUCGUAGAGCUGGUAGUCUGACCAAUGCUCGCGUGACAAAGCCCGUUGCUAGAACAUCUAGUAGCAGUACACAUUCGAGUCCCGCACAAACAACAAGCUCAAGUGCUAGGAAACUGACUUCUUCAUCUUCGAGACCUAGUUCUAGUUCCAACUUAGCUAGAGGUACCUCGGGUAUUUCAUCAUCGAGACCAAGUUCAAGCUCAAUAAGAGAUCGUUCAGGCUCAUCAUCAUCUAGACCAGGUACAAGUUCUUCAAGACAACAGGAGACUGGGUUGUAUAGAAAUCAACCGGGGGAUCCUGUACAACCCAAAAAGAGAUACCGUCCAGGAGCUGCUGCACUUCGAGAAAUCCGUAGAUUUCAAAGAGGCACUGAACUUUUAAUUCGGAAACUUCCAUUUGCUAGGCUUGUUAAGGAGAUUUCUGAAGAUUUCAUUGGUCCUGGAUAUGGUCUUAGAUGGCAAUCGAACGCGGUUUUGGCCCUUCAAGAAGCUUGUGAGGCAUAUUUGGUUCAUCUUUUAGAAGACACCAAUUUAUGUGCAAUCCAUGCGAAAAGAGUUACAAUUAUGCAAAAGGAUAUUCAAUUGGCAAGAAGAAUUAGAGGAAAUCUUUAAGCUACAAAAAGAAAGUUACUAGUGAGACUUUGAGAACGCGCUCAGUUCUCUGCGAGACAGGGUCGCGUGCGGCACCUAAGGACACUCUUCAGAGACUGACAUUCCUCGGUAGAUGAACAAGGGCCUCCACGGCUAGUGGCCCAGCGGAGCGGCUUGCAAACCCCGUAGGGUAGCUAUAGCACUCCUUCCCUAGCGGGUGUACCAAGACGCUCCGCUGGCCCCUACUCGGGGAGAGCCACUGCGUGGUGCUUGGUUCCUCUACGAGGAGUUGACAUCCUGUAGUGCUUUCCUCGGUAGAGGAACAAGUGCCUCCACGGCUAGUGGCCCACGGGGUGCCAGCGGAGCGGCUUACUUACCCCGUAGGGAGACUACUCAUUUCCCUGACGGGACUAGCAAGUCGCUCCGCUGGGCCCCUGCUCGUGGAGAGCUAAUGUGUGGUGCUUGGUUCCUCUUCGAGGAGACUCUAGCUGCCAGACCUCAUUAGAGGACUUUUCACACGGUUAGGUGAACUGAGUUCCAACAGUAAA